AUGCCAGUUUCUGAUGCUGUCGGUGGUGUUUUCAAGUUGCACGAUGGUUAUGUAAUUCCACGUGUCGGACUCGGAAUUUCAAGAAUUCCAACUCAAGAAGCAUUAGAUAUUGCAGUUGAAGCUGCUUUGAAAUCAGGAUACAGAUUAUUUGACACAGCAAAUUUAUAUAAAAAUGAGGAUUAUUUGGGAAAUUCGCUAAAGGUUUGUGUGCCACAUGGGUUACUGUAGCUCACAAUAAUUUUCAGACAAAAAAGUGUAUUUUCCAGAAAUUCCUUCCAAAAUUCGGCCUCACUCGUGCUGACGUUUUCAUCACAACCAAAGUUCGAACAUUGAAUGAAAAUACAUGGGAAGAAACUGAAAAACAAUUCAAUGGAUCAUUGGAAAAACUUCAAACCGAGUAAGUUUUCCUAACUCAAAAAAUGAAUCAACAUAUUUGUUUAGUUACAUCGAUCUUCUUUUGGUUCAUUAUCCAAGAGAUCGAGAUACUGGAAAAGAUGGCGAAUUCGAGAAAAAUCAAAAAGGAAGAAAAACUGUUUGGCAAUGUUUGGAAAACGCAAAAGGUUGGUUUUUCAGAGGAAUCUGACCAGGGGCCGAAUUCAUAGAAGUGAUAGAUCAAAUUUUACUGAAAAAUUUUUUUUUGUACGCCAAAAUGUUAGCAUUGGGUCACUGUAGAUCAUUCUAGGAUUACUGUAGAAAAUGAUAGCUCAGGUUACUGUAGUUACAUUUCUAAUUUACCAAAAUUUUUCGUUCAGGGAUUGUGCUACGAAAAAACCCUGAAAUCACUACUGAACGUAGAUUUCUAUCUGUAAUUUCAGGUUCAGAAUAUGGUAUGAUCGGGCCAAAUUCGAGGAAUAUGAAAAAAAAAUGGUCCGAUUCAGGAACUUUCUUUGGACCAUAGUCAAAUUCAUUUUUGGCCUAGCUUUAAUUUUAAAAAAAAAUUUCCCCGCAUAUUCUGAGUGAGAUUUUUAGAGAAAAAUAUUUUUGAUCUACCAGAAAAAGUUUGAGAUCUAGAGAUUUUUGGGAAGUAAAAUGCACAAUAUUCUAUUCAAAACCCCCAAAUUUCUGAAUUUAAAAAUAAUUAAUUAAAUUCCAGACCAAGGAAAAGUUCGAUCAAUUGGAGUUUCAAACUUCGAAGUCUACCAUUUAGUCGAACUCUUCUCAUUUGCCAAACAUCGUCCAGUUGUCGAUCAAUAUGAAUAUCAACCAUAUUUGACUCGUCCAACACUUCGCAAAUUCGCCGAACUCAACAAUAUUGUAGUUCAAGCAUAUUCAUCUUUGUGUUGGGGUGAUCAAGAAAUCCUUCAAGAACCAGUCGUUGUUCAAUUGGCACAAAAAUAUAAUGUUAGUGUUCAGGCAAUUUUAUAUGCUUUCGGUUAUUUGAACAACUUCUCAAUUAUUCCAAAAUCAGCGACACCGAGUAGAAUUCACGAUAAUUUGCAUACAGUGAGUUAUUUUCGAUGAAAAAUAUAUGGGCAAAAAUAUAUUUUUGCAGACAAUUUCAAUUCCAUUGACACAAGAAGAAUUGAACAGUUUGUUAGCCUUGGAUAAAGCAAAAUCAUUCCCACCAAUUGGAAAUACUUGGGCUUGUUUGUAA